AUGGCGGCGGCCAUCGCCAGCUCCCUGAUCCGACAGAGGCGGCAGGCCCGCGAGUCCAACAGUGACAAAGUCGCCAGCAACAAGAGGCGCUCGAGUCCCAGCAAAGACCCGAGGUCGCUGUGUGAGAGGCACAUCUUCAGCGUUUUCAGCAAAGUUCGCUUCUGCAGCGGAAAGAAAAGACCGGUCCGGCGGAAACCAGAUCUGCUACGUGUGCAAAUUUUCUUCACUACAGAUGUCUUCACAGCAGAGUGUAAGUUCAAGGAGUCGGUGUUCGAGAACUACUACGUCAUCUACUCGUCCACGCUGUACCGGCAGCACGAGUCGGGCCGGGCCUGGUUCCUGGGCCUCAACAAGGACGGAGUCAUCAUGAAGGGAAACCGAGUGAAGAAAACCAAACCCUGCUCACACUUUGUCCCCAGACCCAUCGAAGUCUGUAUGUAUAAGGAGCCGUCGCUGCACGAGCUCGAGGAGAAGCUGCUGAAGUCCUCGCGGAGCCCGACGAUGAACAGCGAGGGCCGGGCGGGGAACCUUGGCGACCAAGAGGAGGAGCAGCCGGAGGAAACCACAGAGCAGGACGGGUCAUAG